GCAGCACGACUAACCAUGGCUUCCCUUGCACAGGCACGUAUUCAAUCCUGUUUUUGAUUGAAAGCUACCUGUACGUGAUGCUCAUGUUUUCCUCCAGAGAACACUGCAGAUGUUCUUUUGGACCAGCUGCUGACGUCAGCACGAGCGGGUGAGUCAAACCUGCGUCACACUCCGUCGUGACUCUCCAUAGUAAUGUGUCCAUGUAUUCUGUGGGCGCCUGAUUUAUCCCACAAAACACGGCCGCACGACCACGUGGAACCGAGGAGCGGUGUGGGCUGCUCCCCCAUCAGUGGACUCUAAAGUGAGACUAACGACAAACCAGCACCUGCGCAGGUUCUUGCUGUUAUAGUGGCGGGCGUGUUGAGAUAUUGCGUCACGCUUUACGCACCGUGAUGCGCCCCGUGUGACUGGAAGCUCCGUGGUUUGGCUCCUGUUUGCGCGCAGAUAUGUUACACACAGACAGAGACAGUGUUUGAAUGAAGAUACUGCAUAUGCUCUGUGGAUUUAUGCAGUGACGGCGAAGUGGACGGUACCUCCGACCCUGCAGAGUACACGAGGUUAAAAAAAAAGCUCAAAACUUCAGACACAGUCAACGUCCAGCUUCACUCUUCUCUCCACCACCACCUCCACUCCUCUGAAGGAGCUUCUGUGCUGCUGCUGCCAUGCCAAAGAACACUAAGGUGACCCAGCGGGAGCACAGCAAUGAGCCCGUCACCGAGUCGGUGGCUGACCUGCUGUCCCUCGAACACCCCAUGGACUAUAAGAGCAGUCAGAUGAGCAUGGGCCUGAGCCCUGGCUCCACCGCCCCAGGAAAGGCACUGCUGCCCUCCCCGGACCCAGACGCUGAGGAUGGCAGACCGGCCUGGAACAACAAGCUGGAGUACAUUCUAGCACAAGUGGGCUUCUCUGUGGGCCUGGGAAACGUCUGGAGGUUCCCGUACUUGUGCCAGAAGAACGGUGGAGGUGCAUACCUGGUGCCCUACUUCAUUCUCCUCCUGCUCAUUGGCAUUCCCUUGUUCUUCUUGGAGCUGGCUGUGGGUCAGAGGAUCAGACGCGGGAGCAUCGGUGUGUGGAACUACGUCUACCCACGGCUGGGAGGAAUCGGAGUUUCCAGUCUGAUGGUCUGCGGUUUUGUCGGCCUCUACUAUAAUGUGAUUAUUGGUUGGAGCAUCUUCUAUUUUUUUAAGUCUUUCCAGUAUCCACUGCCUUGGGCUGAAUGCCCCAUCGAGAGAAAUGGAACCCAAGCCAUCGUGGUGCCCGAAUGUGAGAAGAGCUCGGCCACCACUUACUUCUGGUACCGUCAGACUCUCAACAUAACCAGCACCAUCGACGACACCGGCGGCCUGAACUGGAAGAUGACCCUGUCUCUACUGGUGGCUUGGAUCAUGGUCUGUUUGGCCGCCAUCAAAGGCAUCCAGUCGUCUGGAAAGGUGAUGUACUUCAGCUCUCUCUUCCCCUAUGUGGUGCUGUUCUGUUUCCUGGUGCGAGGUCUGUUCCUCAAGGGAGCGGUGGACGGAAUCGCCCACAUGUUCACCCCUAAGCUGGAAAAGAUGUUGGAGCCUCAGGUCUGGAGAGAAGCAGCCACACAGGUCUUCUUCGCCCUCGGUCUGGGCUUUGGAGGCGUCAUCGCGUUCUCCAGCUACAACAAGAGAGACAACAACUGCCAUUUUGAUGCUAUUCUAGUCUCCGUCAUCAAUUUUAUUACAUCCAUCCUGGCUACUUUAGUCGUGUUCGCUGUGCUGGGCUUCAAGGCUAAUGUAAUGAAUGAGAAGUGUGUUGUCGAGAACGCUGAGAAGAUCCUGGGCUACCUGAACACCGGUGUGCUGAGCCGAGAGCUCAUUCCUCCUCACAUCAACUUCUCCCACCUGUCUACUCAGGACUACGCAGAGAUGUACGGCGUGAUUAAGACAGUGAAGGAGGACACCUUUGGUCAGCUGGGCCUGGACGCCUGCUUGUUGGAGGAUGAGCUCAACAAGUCUGUUCAGGGCACUGGUCUGGCAUUUAUAGCUUUCACUGAGGCCAUGACACAUUUCCCUGCCAGUCCCUUCUGGUCUGUCAUGUUCUUCUUCAUGCUGAUCAACCUGGGGCUGGGAAGUAUGAUUGGCACAAUGACCGGCAUCACCACACCCAUACUGGACACGUUCAAGAUCCGCAAGGAGAUCCUUUGUGUGGUCUGCUGUGUGAUAGCCUUCUUGUUAGGCCUGCUCUUUGUGCAGCGGUCUGGGAACUACUUUGUCACCAUGUUUGACGACUACUCAGCUGGUUUGCCUCUGAUCGUGGUCGUGAUCUUAGAGAAUAUCUCUGUGGCCUGGAUCUAUGGCACAAAGAGGUUUAUGCAGGACUUGGAGGACAUGCUGGGUUUCAGGCCGUACAGUUUCUACUACUACAUGUGGAGGUAUGUUUCCCCAGCUAUCCUGUUGUUGCUCACUGCUGCCUCCGUCGUUGAGAUGGUCGUCAGCCCUGCGGGAUACAACGCCUGGGUGGAGUCCGAGGGAUCAGAGCGAUUUCUGAACUACUCUCCCUGGGCUUUAACCAUGGCCUACACUCUGGUAGUUGUGGCCAUGCUGCCUUUGCCCUUGGUUUUCAUCGUCCGUCACUUCAACCUGAUCUCAGAUGGCUCCAACAAGCUGUCCGUCUCCUACCGUAAAGGCAUGAUGAAGGACAUCUCCAACCUGGAGGAGCAGGAUGAACAGCGCUUUAUCCUCGGCAAAAAUCCCAGCGAGACUCCCUCCCCGAUGCCCGCCCACCGCGCCUACCUGGGCCCUGGUGGCACUCAGGAGAUGACCAACACCAACUAUGGCACAAGCACCAAAACAGGCUACCAGAAUAUUGGAUCGCCCGAGUCUGAGUUAUGAUCCAGUGAGCUCAGAUAUCCUUCAAUCCCAUAAACCCCCUGCUUGAAAAGGAAGAGAUGGAGGAAGAAAAAAAGGAGCAAAGGGAGAAAAUAAAUUCACUGCCAGUUCGUUGCAAAGUUCAUCACAUCCUAAACCACCAGAGCUCAAUCUCUGGACACCCCUGUCCCCCAUCACCCCUUCCUCUCUCCCCUCCUAUGGUUUCACCUGGACAUAGAAUUCAUGCUGCUAAUCACAGAUCACUCCUGGCUGAGAUGAAGGGAUCAUGAGAAUGUGAGUCACACACAGGAGCUGAUGAGCUUUUUCAUCUGUCGAGGUAUUACAAGAGAAAUAGGGUGAAGCUAGCGCUAGGAAGGUUCGUAGUGGGAUUAUACACAGGCAUUUUUUAAUAACUUCUGGCCAAGGUUACGGUGUGUGCAACACCGUUAUAUGUAAUGUGUUAAAAAGUAAUUCUGUUUGUGUCCGUGUUUGAAGAAGGUCACCUCCGAGACAGACAGGAGGAGGACCAACGGCGUUGUCUGGGUGAUGUGUAGAGGGUUGUUAUUUGUGACAAUCCCACAGUGUGUCACGGAACAAAACAGUCUAUGACAGAAUGUUCACCAAAUGAUCCAUAGCAGUGUGUAAUAGAUGAUGCAGACGGUGUGCACAGUGUUACAAACACGUUAUAUCUUCAUGUUAAUUGUGCCUAUCAACAGUCAUUAUCAGCAAUAAUAUCCAGUCAGAGUAGGGAGCUCACCAAGCCGUGGUUGUCCUUCUAUCUCCAUCUCCCUCCACUGGUGUAUAAUGUAGUACAUUGUGUAGUAGUUCAACGUCGCACCAUAACAAUGUCGUGUAUAUUCGUCUCAGUAGUGAAGCCGGAGGACGUUUUCGGCCUCAAGCAGUGAAGCACAGACGCCCAACGCCAUCAGCACAAUUCAGAGUCUUUACAUCAAGAGGCCAUUUUAAAAAAUCCUGUAUAUAUCGUCAUCAUUAAAACCAAGGCCACAGGUGUGUCUGUUCUGUUCCAGUCACAGCUGGCCGAGACAAAGCCUAUCCACUUCAAUCAAUCAUUUUAAUCAAGUGAUUCUAUUUUGAUCACUGCCUUAGAGGGAACGGAGGUGGUAAUGGACAAGUGGAGAUACAGUUAGCAGAGCGGCUGCUUGUCUCUGUGUUGUUGAGCCAAGGAGAGAACUGGGAAUGUGAGUUGUCUCUGUGUGGACAGAGCAGACGGACAGUGUCUGUGUCUCUAUUCAGGGGCUGAAGCUGAAUGUGUAGGUUGUUGGAAUUCUUAAUAAUAAUAACAAUGUAACAGACUAACAAGUCUGUUCCAAAAUGGCUUCCUUUUAAAGAUUUAUACAGCAGAACAUUUCUGCCACAGCCUACAACAUUAUACAUAUAAGGAAUAAUAGUCAUUUUUUUGCAGAUAUGUAUGUUUGUUUACGUUGUUUAAUUUCUACUUGGGUUACAUAUGACUGAUUAUGAAGUUAAAAAAUGCUACUUUAUGUAGUUUUGGAUAAUUGAGGACAAACUAACUUACUAAACUAACAAACCUUCAGUCUACCCCAAAUCUGGACUUAGCUGCCACUUUUGCGACUUUUUGUGCUACCAUUUGACUGAUGUAUACAUUAAGGUUUUUUUUAAAACAAAAAAGCAUUGAGCUAAAAUGGCUGUACCAGGACUUUCAUGCUACAUUACAUGGUUCUGUGAUAUGAUUUGCUGUUUUUGCUACUUUCAGGUAGUUCCCAAGCUAAUAUUAGUGAGGAACAAUGGCAAAGAAAUAUGAAUCUUUUCCAAUUACAUUGUCUUAGUGUGUUAGUAGGACAUCUUUAAUCACUAACACAGUCAGUGAGGAGUUCAUGACUAUAUUAAAAGUGUCACUGACUUUAGACGGGUUGGGUGUAUUUCUCAGACUUCAGCCAGUUCCAUCUUAUUGGUUUGAUCAUGUCAGAUGUAGCAAAUCCAAGACAAGCAUAUAAUGACUAGGAUGCUGUCAAAUAUUCAGAAAUGAUUCACAUGCCACAACCUCUGAAACGUCUUCAUUUUCAAGUUCAGGGUAACAAACGCAGCCCCCUUCAGCUCAAGCCUCCACACUGAGACACAGCCAAAGUGUUGUCAUGCACAGCUGAAUGAAAGCUCUUGGUGACCCUGCCUGUUUAAAAAUAGAGCUGUGUUACCCAGGGGAUGCCGUGGCAACGCACCAUAGAUACAGGUCCUCUUCUGGUGAGAAUGAGACACCUUGCUUUGUCUGCUCCACCUGCACAGCUUUUUGUCCAGCAAUACAGAGACGAGACAGUCCAAAAUAUGGACACGAUAUUUCUCUAAUGUUAGCGCACACAAAUAGAUCAUUGCCUCACUGCACAACUGUCAUGCUGAACCUAAUCCCUGAGAGAACAACAUCUAGGUAUCAUUCUUCUACAUUCCCUGGAUUUUCAUAAGCACUACCCAAUCACGUUGAUGUCUGUCAGUGACGACUAAAGCUCCUUUAUUUUUUUUAAAUGUAAAUUAUUGUAAAACGAUGUAUGUUUACGGUAUAUGUACCAUAUUGAUGUUAGAAAUAAUAUAAUCCGUUGACCAGGAGGGGGCGCCAUUGACACAUACUCCCUCGCGACCCCUCCCUGAGACAACAGCAGUACUUGAGAACGAAGUGUGAAGCACAGUCAGUCACGUUGUUCAGGUGCCUGAACAGCAUCUCUGUCGUUGGUGUCGCCUUAUGUUUCACUCAUCUUUAUUUUUCUACUUUGGUUGUGACGUAUUUGGACCAAUAACCACUUUGUCUGAUUUCUCACUGGAGCACUUUAUUUAGAUGAAGACCCUGGAGUUGGUAGUUUUAUAAGCACAAGUCAGAGAGAACACUUCUGUGGUUGAAGCUUCAGUCAAGCCCCUGCUUGAAUUUAAAUGAUAAGCAAUAUUUAUUGACGUGCAUUAUUCAUCUCCUUAAAUAAACCACAAUUAAAAUGACACUGUUUAAAUUAUAUAGAUACAAUUGUUUAACACGUUAAACAAUUGUUAACAGUGGGCAAAAAGCAUUGAUCCCAAACAGUGUUGUCAGCUUUUAUAUUACAAUUCUUUUUUUAAAGUGUGACUUGUCUACAGUGAAAGGAUUUUGAAAGCCAGUUAAUUAGGCCUGUCACCAAAAUGACGUUCUUGGCUGAUGUGUCGCUCCAGAAACUUAUUUCAGAGUGGCUGACAGUGCACUUUAUUUAAUUUAUUUAUUACAGUUAUUGCCAAAGUCCAUAUUUUCCAAAUGACAGUAGAAGAAAAGUGUUGUUGUUGCUGUGUGCAACACCAUCAUAGUGAAUAAGUGUUUGCAUAAGAAACACAAACUCUAGUGAUUUUAAAAAUGUGUCCUCUGAUUGGACGAGAUUACUAACGUGGCACAGUUUGAAGUAAUAUUAUUCCAAAUAUUUUAGCACAGGAUUUUAGGUGACGUGGGAACUUUUUGAAGCACAGACGUAUGAGCACAACUCCUGUCCUAAUGAUAGUGAUUGGCUCCAGACAAGGAACUAAAGAAACACUGAGUGGAUGGUUUUGGUUAUGGUCUGGUUUCAAAGGAGGAAACUGAAGUAGGAAUCUCCACUAAUUGAUUUCUUGGUCAUCACUGAUGAGGAUAGGAUGCAUAAAAAAUAACUUGUACUGAUGAAGAAUGUUACACAAAGAGAGCACAUACAGCAGAGAGCAGGAGAACUCUUAAUAGCACAGUGGUCAUCUUAGAAAUAAGACACAAGUCAUUACAGUCGGACUUGUGGAUCAGGACCAAGUGUUUAGGGAACACAGUCACAGCACAUGGUUCUACUGAAUAUGACAAACGAAGAAACUCUUCCUUGGAAUGUUAGAAAAUCAACUUUUCAAUGCACCUUUUCCAUUAAAGAAGGAAUCACGAUGGAUAUCAAGACUUCCAACUCCAGGGCCUUUAUGUUGUCCAUGUGUGUCGGCCAUGUUGCAUUAGGUUCCACAAAAUCAGCUGUGUUGGAUUACUGAGAUAAUGGGAACAAACGUAGAGUAAUAGUGUGUUUAAUUAGUCUCUCUGUGACCCAACCAUAGUUAUAUUUAUAGUAUUUUAGAGGAUGUAUUUACUCUGUACAUAUGGAUGUACAUUCUGGUAAAUUCAUGGAGUAUCUGUAGUAAGAGUGACAGGAUGUAUACUUGAGCUACUGUAAAUAAUCCAUUGUAUAUUUUGAGAUAUUUUUUUGAUCUUACUCCGUACCGUAGGUAACGUUGCUUUAGCGUCACUUUGUUGGUUCAUGGUGUUAGUGUGUGAUUGUUCCCAAUACAAAUAGACGAGUGUGUGUGUGUGUGCGCGCGUGUGUGUGUAGGGUUUUGAUGUUUAAAUGUGUGUUUCUUCUCCUUUGUCAGUGUUGUGUGCUGCUGAUUUAAUCUGGUAGAUAAAAACUCUGUUGUUACGGUGACCUGUGACCUCUAAUGUCAGCAGUCUCCUCUGUGUGUUCUCACCGGAGCUGCGGUGGUUUCCAGCACAAAACCCGGCAAAAACACAAUCGACAAGAAAUGUUUUAUCGAUAACAAUGGAAAAAACUGUUUAUUUUUGGUUGUUGGUUGAAGAGAGUGAAGGACUGUACAAACAAGACGGGUGAAACAGCGACCAGGAAAUUAAAAUAAAACACUUUUAUCAAACA